CGUCGCCAUACGGAACAUCCUGCCCUCAACGGAGAGAGGGGGUGGAGAGAGAGGGGGUUGAGAGAGCCUGUGUAUGUGUGUUGAGAGAGAGUAAGAGAGAGAGAGAGAGAGAGAGAUGAGGUCUGGCGUCUCCCGGUAGUAAAUCUAUCAGGACUCGAGCACAAAAACUCAGAGAAAGAGACAGAGAAGAGGCCUCGCGGAAAUCCCACUGCUUUACUGGUGACCGGGAGCAGCAGCAGUAGCCCGUGAAGCCUUGGAUUAAAUAGCCCGGCUACAAGGACGGAUGGUCACGCGGACAAGCGGCGCGCUCUGAAGUUGGACAGACUACCGAGACACCGAGAGCAAGCAGCAGCAGCUUUUGUUCACCCCACCUCCCCGAACCCCGUGAAGGCAGCGGCGGCACCGGGAGGCUGUGCCUGCGCACCCCGACCAUGAAGCUGCCUUGGCUGUUGUCGCUCACGGCGCUGCUUGCUCACGCCGCCACGGGACAGACGUGGUCGUCGCCGUCUAUCGAUGACGAAGGCUCAACGAGAGACGAGUUCUACGAUGAUGAGGACCUCUACUCAGGCUCAGGCUCUGGCUUUCCCGAGAUCAGUAUGAGGCCGACGUCAGCGGGCGUGUCCUUCACCACAGAAGAGCCCCUACUCCUCUCCACCACUCAGGCCACUAGCCCCGCCCCCUCCGCCUCACCUGCGGCUGAGCCCAGCCCCAACCCCGAGGACCCCACCGCCACCCCGUUGCCCACCGAGGCCGACGGAGAGAGCGGUGCAUUCUGGGAGAAAGAGCUAGAGAAGGAGAAAGAGAGAGAGAGGGAGCUGGAGACAGAGAGGCAGAGGGAACUGGAGAGGGAGAGGGCGAAGCAGUUGGAGAGGGAGAGAGAGAGGGAGAGAGAGAAGGAACGGGUCAGAGAGAUGGAGAGGGAGAAAGAGCGCGAGCGAGAGAAGGAACGCGAGAGAGAGCGAGAGAAAGAGAGAGAGAGGCAGAGAGAGCGUGAGCUUGAAAGAGAGAGAGAGCUCGAGCGAAUCAGGGCCGCUGCUGCCGCCCAGACCACCACCGCCCCGAGGUCACCUGCUUCCGCUCCUGUGGUGACCACCAACCCUGCAACCAGCCCUGCAGAAAGUGCAGCACCCUCUGCUGGUUCGGAUGACCUGAGCACCACAGAAGAAGAAGAAGAAGAGGACGUCUACCUGUCACCUGAGCCCACCUCGUUUUACCCGGGCUUUGACAUAGAAACCACCACAGAAGAAGACACACCCACCACAGCAGAGACCACACCUGAAGCCACAACAGCAGCUCCUACCACCACCACCACUGUCAAGACCAGGGUCCCCUUCAGGCCCAAGGUUCCCAUGACGACAGCCACCCAGGUGAUGCCAACAGGGAGAACGACCCGCCCACAGCAGCCCACGACUACACAGGAGAGUAACAACGAGGUGGGCGCUGCAGGACCAAGUGGAGAUUUCGAAAUCCGUGAGGAUCGCCGCAAUGACCUUGGUCGCGGUGUAAUGCCAGGAGAUCCUGAUCUGGUCGGCAACACAGUGGACGGAGGAAGCUCUGCCGCCCAGCUGCCACAGAAGAACAUCUUGGAGAGAAAAGAGGUCUUGAUAGCGGUGAUAGUUGGAGGCGUGGUAGGCGCCUUGUUCGCCGCCUUCCUGGUGAUGCUGCUGGUGUACAGGAUGAAGAAGAAGGAUGAGGGCAGCUACACGCUGGAGGAACCCAAACAGGCCACCGUCACUUACCAGAAACCAGACAAGCAGGAAGAGUUUUACGCAUAACACUCGUACGCCAGAGAGACACCGCACACCGAGGGAGAGAGAAAGAUGGAGAGACAGAAGAGAGAAAGAUACUCUAAGCCCCCGUCCUCCUCCUCUUCCUCCUCUUCUUCGUUGCUCCCCCCUCAUCUGCUCGCCUCUCCUCAUCCUUCUCUCCACUCGUCUCCAAAACACUUGAGAGCGCCUUUCUCUCUGCGGACUUGGAACUUUCUUUUCAAUGAAAAUGAAAAAGAGGACAAAAAAAAAAAAAA